CUUUAGAAAAUUGUAGAAAAUGGCGGAGCUUCGGCUUAUUAGCGUUGAUUGCUACUCUCUUAUUUUAUUCGUAUUAAUAAACUAAUAAAUUAGUGCUAAUGUUACGUUAGAUUUAGUAGUUAAGAUGGAGCCGCUUUCAAACGAGGGUAUGUGCCGGUGUUGUGCUUCAGAAGGCAAUUUUAAAGACUUUCUUACGGCAUAUCAUUGGAUGGGCGAACUAGAAAUAUAUGCGGAUAUGUUACGAGACUGUUUUGCGAUUACACUAUACACAUCAGAGGAUGUCAACAACGGCGGUAUAUGCGAGGUGUGCAUCACCCAGCUCCGCAACGCGUGCAAUUUUAAAAGACAAGUGCAACAGACCGAGGAACAGUUCAAGAAGAGACUGCAGGACGGCGUACUUAAAUCAAAUAUAAUUAAGUUGGAAGUGGCUGGCGGCGAUGAUGGCGAACAUUCCGACGGUAACCUGUCUGACGAUUAUUCGGCUACGGACUACGAAGUCCCAAUAAAAAAGGAAAAAAUCGAGGAGAAACCGAAAAAGCGUCAAGCCGCUAAAGCAUCCACGUCGCGAGCGAAAAAGGCAAAAACCGAUGACGGCGAACCCUCGUCCAAACGAACGGACGGCGACGCGCCCAAGCGCAAGAAAAAGAAAAAGAAAUCGGACGUUAGCGCCACGCCCGAGCGCGUUGAGCACAGAGUGAACCUCACGGCCAUACUACAGUACUCCAACGCGAGCCCGUUCAGAGAUAAGACGAUGCGCGGCUUCUCCUGCCUGUACUGCGCGAAACACUUUCAGCACAUCGACGAACUGCGCGCCCACACCGCCCAGCAAAACGAGAAGGAUAAAAUUAACACCAUGCUCGAUUACAAACUUAGCUACAACCCCAUCAAACUAGAUAUCACCGACUUGAGGUGCACAGUCUGUGAUAAAAACAUGAAGGAUUUGAACGAGCUCAAGGAACAUUUAGUGGUCGCGCACAAUAAAACGAUACACAGAAACAUAAAGGACAUUAUACUACCUUUCAGGCUUGAAAAUGGUCAAAAUUUCACGUGCGUUAUCUGUUCGGUCGUUCACAUAUCGUUUAAAAAUCUCUACCACCAUAUGAGUAGUCACUAUCGUAAUUAUUGUUGUAAAAAAUGCGGUGCCGGUUACAUUACGAUAGCUGCGUUGAGGAAGCACGGGAAGACGCACUAUCAAGGACACUUCCCGUGCGACUACUGUGAUAAAUCUUACACUUCGUUAACGAAGAAGCGUAACCACGAAAAGGGCGUCCACACGGGCGGUUGGCUGAGGAACAAGUGCCCGCACUGUCCCGAGAUAUUCGUCAGUUAUUACGAUCGUAGCGAGCAUUUGGUAAAAGUUCACAACGAGGCUCCAGUGGUGUACCCUUGUAACGCUUGCAACAAGACUUACAAGAAGAAAUUCGAACUGAACAGGCAUAUCAAGCACCAUCAUCUUCAACAGAGGAGUUAUUUAUGCGAUAAGUGCAAUGCAAAAUUCUUCUCAAAGCGCGGUUUAAUCGACCAUAUGACAAGGCACACGGGAGCGGAGAUAUGUUCGUGCGAUGUGUGUGGGAAAUCCUUCUCAAGAAUGAGAACUUUGAGAGAACAUAUGAGAAUACACGAGGACGACAAGAGAUUCCAAUGCGAGGUCUGCAAGAAGACUUUCAUGCAGAAGAGCAGCCUUAAAAGCCACGUGAGAUUGCACCAAGACGAUUUGGACAUAUUCAAAGAAUUCGACGACGUCAAACACCUUAUAGAUAAUAGGGAAAUGACGUUAAAACAGAUCGCCGCCGAGAAUAAAAAGAAAGCGAUGGCUGAAAAGUUGAAGGAUCAAUAUUGAAACUGUGAGCUUUUUAAUUGAGUUUUGUAAGCGCGUAGCUUUUAAAAAUAUGUCGAUGUAUGUUGAUGAUGAAUUUGAAAUAGUUUUAUAUGAAGGCACAUUUGAUAUAGAAGUGUAAAUUUAUUUGAGAGUAUUUUAUAUUUUACAAAAAAUAAGUAGGGUAGUUACACAAAAAACUUCUUAAAGACUUUCACGUUCAUAUUGUGUUCUGCGUAAUGUUUUAGCUAAUUUCGUAGGGAUUUUAGUGUUUUAAGUUAGUGAUUUGAAACUUUUAAAUUUUUGUUUUUUUUUUUAUAAUUUUGUCAUAAUGUAAAGUAGUCUCACUAAAUGAAAUAAAUAAUAUUUGACGUUUUGUAAUUAAAUAUUUUUUAAAGUUUCAGAAAUAAAUAUUUAUAAACUAAUAUGGUUUUAAUAUAUUGAUGAUACUUUUUUAAAGUGUUGACAUCUCGUACGAAUUUAUUUUAAAUUGUGGUGAGCCAUAAACAAUUCACUAUUUUUUACCACAGGUAUAAAAUUGAUGUCUGUCAUAGACAACAAAUGGUAGUUUCACUUUUUCACUCAUAACGCAGCUUGUAGUAUGUAUGUAUGCAGUUUUUAUGUGUAUGUUAAUGAUUUUUUAUAUUAUG